AUGCCACCCUGUGGAGUUGCAGAUGGUGUAGGAGGAUGGAGAGACUAUGGAGUUGAUCCAUCUCAAUUCUCAGGGACUUUAAUGCGAACUUGUGAACGGUUAGUAAAAGAAGGACGGUUUGUCCCAAGUAAUCCCAUUGGAAUCCUCACCACAAGCUACUGUGAGUUGCUGCAGAAUAAAGUACCUUUGCUUGGUAGCAGUACCGCCUGCAUCGUGGUGCUGGACAGAACUAGCCAUCGCUUGCACACAGCCAACCUGGGCGAUUCAGGAUUUCUGGUUGUUAGGGGCGGCGAAGUUGUGCAUCGGUCAGAUGAGCAGCAGCAUUACUUCAACACUCCAUUCCAGCUCUCGAUCGCACCACCUGAAGCUGAGGGAGUCAUCUUGAGUGACAGCCCUGAUGCUGCUGAUAGCACGUCUUUUGAUGUCCAGCUAGGAGACAUUAUCCUGACAGCCACAGAUGGACUCUUUGACAACAUGCCUGAUUACAUGAUCCUUCAGGAGCUGAAAAAGUUAAAGAAUUCAAAUUAUGAAAGUAUACAACAGACAGCAAGAAGCAUUGCAGAGCAAGCACAUGAGUUGGCCUAUGACCCAAAUUAUAUGUCACCCUUUGCACAAUUUGCAUGUGACAAUGGAUUGAAUGUGAGAGGUGGAAAGCCAGAUGACAUCACUGUCCUUCUUUCAAUAGUGGCUGAGUAUACAGACUGACUUGCCCCUUGCCGACCCCUGCCUUUCCUCCAUCACCCCAAACUCUUCCCUGCUGUGUGUGUUGAUCCUGCUGGCAGGACCACAUUUCUUUGCCACUGAUCUCAAUGGCUGGUGAUAUUAGCCUUUUGCCUGUAUUUUUGAGACCCCGUUGAGAUCUUUGUUGAGAACCACUACUCUCAUCCACUAGCUCAUAUCUGCCAGCAACAUUUGAAGAGAAUUGAGAGUUGAAGAUUGGCCUUCAUUUCUCCUUGUCCUAUCCUGAUGGGAGGGAGGUUUUGAAAGCCAGAAUGGCGACUACUUUGCAAAAAUGGUUCAAGUAUUGAAAAUGAGUAAUGUUGGUAAGGUGAAUUCAAAACUACAGUAUGUAAAAGGGAUUUUAAAAGUCAUAACACAAAUUGUAUGUUGUGGUACAUCUACUCAAAACAUACAUUAUUCAUCAAAGAAAUGUUAUACAUGUACUAUACAGUCUUUGUUACAAUGAUUGGGUGUGGCUUUGUGUUUUUAUUAUAAACUCCUAUUUUUCAGGAGCUUAUAAUUCUGCUCUAAACUAUUGCUCUGAGAUGAUGAAAUCUUGAUCCCAGGGGUUUUUUGUUUGGUUGUUUUUUUUUAUAGAUUGAAAGAAAAAUUCAGCUUAGUUACAUGGAUGCAAAUACUUCAUGGUGGUUAAAAGAUGUGUAAUUGUGCUGAUAAAAAUGUAUUGACUAGUACAAAUCAGGCUGCUAGCCUGGUCUGCAGGAGGGGUGGAGGGAGGCUCCACCAAAAAAAACUUUAACAGACAUACUACUCAAGAUUGUAAGACUCCUCAAACCUAGAAAUGUAACAUCUUGGCUGAAAUUCCUCCCAGCUGGCUGACACGAUGCCCACCGCGCGGGAGUCCAGGCCCGAAGGCUGCGGGCUGGGAAUGGACAGCUGAGACUUCGAUUUUGUGGACUUCCUUGGUCAUGCUACUCUGGGUCUCUCCUCCAGCCCUUUUCUUCGUAGCCUUGCUGUCUGCAGGGCAGGACCCAGGUUCCGGGAGUCCGUGGGAGAGUGCUGGGGGCGGCGCAGCAGCACAGGCGUCCGCAAGGAAAACUCCUAGUGAUGGUCUGACAUUUGCAUUUGCCCCACACAGAAAUUUAGGGAUUCUGAGUCAAGCUUAAUGUUUACAGUUUCCAAAUAGCCAUCUUGCAGUGUAUAGUUUCCUUAUAAAACUACCCUGCAUUGUUUUCCCCUUGUCUGUACGCUCAGACUUAUUUUUAAAGUUGUGUACAAGUCAACUGCUGUAAAGAUAUAUAUUUUUGGGUCAAUUUUCCCCCCUUCAUUAACUUGGUGGUAGAAAAGUAUAUACUUAGAAAUCCUUAAAUUAAAGCCAUGUUUUAUAUAUAAGUCAGGUAACAUUGGUAUAUAGAUGAGAUUGCAAUUAAACCUGAUGAGAAUCUACUUGAGGAGAAUAUAUAGAAAGUCUUUCUCUAAAGGAGAUACUUACUCCCUGGUUUAUUGCAUAAAACUUACGUUUGAGGUUACCUCAGUUUGUUUUAAAAAGAUUUUGUUUUGUGGAUUUGUACUGUAUAUUUGAGUAACUGUCAGGCUUUUGUUUUAUUUAAAAUUGUUUAACAUGUACCAUGUACAUGUCAUUACUAUAUUUCAAUGCAUCAUGCUUGUAACAGGCAUUUCAUUUAUAAUAAGAAUGAGUUAUUCAUUUGUAAGCCGUUCAGUAAUUUAUCUACUAUUCCUAAAUUGGCAUAAUGUUAGAUAUCUAUUUUGAAUCACCUUUAAUCACAUGUCAGAAUGCCUUAACUACCCUAACUUGACAAAACUGAAUUCUUUGGUAGAGGAGAUGGGAAGGGAGGGCUGGGAGGGGGUCACUCUGUUUAAAUAAUGAGAACCCAUCUGGCUGUGAUAAAACACAGAAGCAUGAGUGGCACAUGGCGGGGUAUUUAUUUUGCACAAACUAUUUGCAGUCUUUGUUUAAAAAGUAAAGAAAGUUGCAUCCAGAAGGGUUUUGUUGGAAGGAGUACAUUUAUGCUUGGGCUGACAACUUCAGUUCAUUUGUUUGGGUUUUUGAUUAUUUCUGGUCAGAGGUAUGUAUGUAGUUUUAUGAUCUGGACAUAUUUUCAUUUUCCAACGCCUCCAUUUAAUUCCUGGUAAGAGCAGUGUUGGUCAGCUCACUUUCUUUGCUCACACUUGAUGCAUCAGACACAGUCUUUGUAAAGUUAGAUUGGUGUUUCACACAACUCAUUUUACCAGUUUAGUCCUUUUUGAUGAUUAUUAGAAAUCCACAAUGUGUAUGCUCAAGUGAUGCUGAAAAUAGUGGAACAAGAACCAAGUUUUACAAUAAAACUGACUUUGGGCUUGGCUGAUAGCUUAAUGACACAAAAUAGGCUCCUAUUUUCUUUAUUCCCUGUCUUUUUGAUGUUACGCACUUGGUGUUAUCACCACCGGGGUCACUGGGAGUGCUGCUUAGCAAGUGACUCUUUGCUCUCAGCGGUCAGACGCUCUGCUGGACCCAGCUGGGAUUAUCCAGGUCACAGGACCCAAGUCUCUGUGGGGUGUGACUGAGACAUACCACUUGGCAGGUCUGAUUUUGAACUCUGUGUGUGUGUGUGUGUGUGUGUGUGUGUGAAUUGUAUUUUAAAUUCAGCAGUAUAAAAACACAUACAUUUGCCUCAUGUCAUGAACUUUUAUAAGAAGAGAAAAUUUGGAUUUCUAAUUUACAAAUGGCAAAUUAAUUAUCCCUCCUGGAUGCACCAAAGACCAGUAAAGUUUAUAGCUUUUCCAUCUAUAUUUAUAAAGCAAUACUGUAUUAUAAAAAUCAAUAUUUUUAUCACAUGCUUGAAAUUUUUAUUUUGUUCUGUUUUAAAAUGGGCACUCUAAACAUAUCAGAACCUUAUUUCUUCCUGUGAACUUAAGCUGCCUGCGCACAAAAAAUAUAUACCGAAUGGAGAUGCAGUAGAGUCCAUAGGCUCUUAAAAACUGAAAGAAGAAUGGGACGGCAGGGGGGCAAAGCAGGUUAUUUGUCCUGAAUCACUGUGCUGGCUUGACAUGGUUGAUGGGCACUGAGUCAGAACAUCCAUUCCAGGUGUGCAUGGCUGGGGGCUGGCCUGCGUCUAGAUUAGAAACUAGAUCUCAAGCUUUGCGUGAUGGGAGAGGUUGGGGCUCUUCUGUCGGCUGCAUUUGUUCCGGCCAGAGCGGAAGCCUUCAGAGCCACCGUCUGCGCCACCACCACGCCAGGUAACUGGGGGUUUGCUAGUUGUGAGUUUGGGAGACUGUACAAAGAUUGGGUAGAACUGUAAAUGUUUGUACCUUUGAGUAAGUUCAUGGUUCCUUGUCCCCUUAUACCAGCUAUCUUUGGUAGAAACUACAGCAUCCAAUUUCCCUGAAACUACCACAUCUUUGCAUUGAGCGAAUUACAAAUGUUGAAAAACCAAAACCUUCUUAUAAAACUGAAAAUAUGAAAACAUUUGGGUUCUAUUUGUAAAAUGUAAAAUCUAAAUUCCUUGCAGAAUUGAACUUAUACACUGAAAUUCAAGUGUCCAUGUCAAAAAUUUAACUGCUAGCAGGUAGUUUGUGGUAAAGAUGGCUGAGUAAUGAAGUACAUUUGACUUUGUGUAUACUAAUGAGCUGCUUUUUUUCUGUUGAGACUAUCAUCAUUUGUCUUACCCAAGAGGCAAUGACCUGAAUUGGAUGUCUGAAUAUAACUUAUGCAGGAAUAGUUCUGUAAAUACAUUUAAAUAAACUGUAAAGAUAUUU